GCUGACUAACUCGCGACUGUCGCGCACUCACGCACUCGUCCAUUCGACCAUUCCAACCUCGUUCCUUUUCGUUUCCCUGAACGUGCGUUCUGAGGGGUCCAGCUAAUUACGCUAAUCGAUCGCAAAAAAUAAUGCCACGAGAAAUCAAAGAGAUCAAGGACUUUCUGCUGAAAGCCAGGAGGAAGGAUGCAAAGUCUGUGAAAAUCAAGAAGAACGCUGACAAUGUCAAGUUCAAAGUUCGUUGCUCCCGAUUUUUGUACACUCUCGUAAUCACAGACAAGGAGAAGGCUGAGAAGCUCAAGCAGUCCUUACCACCAGGUUUGCAAGUAAAGGAAGUAAAAAGGAGUGAACGUGUAUAAAUGGCUAAAUAAACAAUCUUCUUAAACACGA